CCUGGGCUGGUAAUUACAUUUCUAUGGGCAGAGCGCGAACACAUCCACCGGUUCUCGCUGCAAAGCCAGAGCCAAUUAUAUGUGUGUUUUUGUUAUUCUGUUAACUAAAAUGAGGCGUCUAAUACAGAGAUAGUUUUUUGAAUCGGAACAGCCUCUCUGUACGUCGUGUUUCUUCCCGGGAGAGCCCUCUCCCUUUUCUCUAAACCUGGCGGCUGUUUGAGCUGAAAGCCUGCCGCGGAGAGGUAGUCACACACAGGCCGCGAAUCGGGUCCUGUUUCUGGGAGGAGACCACCCAGACUCCUCGCCUCCCUUCUAGCUUUUAUUAGCCGGCUACGAUGCGCCGCUGCUGCUGGUGUAUUGUCUACACAGCAGGCCACUGUGAAGCGAGGCGGAUCCUUGGAUAAGUGUUUAAACUGAAGGGUGCCUUGGAAGAUACCACACCUUUCAAGGAUGGAUGUUGAUUUGUGUGCCGGUGGGGGCAGUACCAGGAGAAAGGUGGACUUGUCUGGGGUUGCAGAAGGCGCAAUGGACGUCAUACCGCUGGAGAUGUACGACUCGGCCAGAGCAAAAAUAGCUGCCAACCUGCGCUGGCUGUUUGCCAAAGCCUAUGGCAUUGACCACAUUCCAGAGGACUUAAGGGACCCGUUCUACACGGACCAGUACGAGCAGGAGCACAUCAAGCCGCCCGUCAUCCGCCUGUUGUUGUCCUGCGAGCUCUACUGCCGCGUCUGUGCGCUCAUCCUCAAGACGGAGCAGGCGGCGUCUCUGCAGUCACACCUCUCGGUCAUCCAGUCUCUGUCCAGGAAGGGCAUCUACGUUGUGGAAAGUGACGACACACCGGUCACAGAUGAGGACCUGGCCUGUGUGCCCAUCAAAAUGAGUGCUCACGUGCCGAUGAUCGAUGCCCUCAUGAUGGCCUACACAGUGGAGAUGAUCAGCAUUGAGAAAGUGGUGGCUUCUGUCAAGCGCUUCUCUACCUUCAGUGCCUCCAAGGAGCUGCCCUUUGACCUGGAGGACGCCAUGGUCUUCUGGAUCAACAAGGUGAACACAAAGAUGAGGGAGAUUACAGAAAGGGAGCACAAAGUCAAGCACCCCCCGCUGGAGUCCCCCAGCCACCAAAAGUCUCCCUCCAAAUGGUAUUGGAAGCUAGUCCCUGUGCGGUAUCGCCGGGAGCACGCUUCAGGCCGCCAGCUGCCCUUCUUCCCUCUGCUGGAAGACCUGAUGAGGGAUGUGUGUGACGGAGCGGCACUGCUCACUGUGGUCAACUACUUCUGCCCAGACCUCAUGAAGCUGGAGGAUGUUUGCCUGAAGGAAGUCCCCUCCAUUGCCGAUAGCCUGUACAACAUUCAUCUACUCAAAGAGUUCGCCAACGAGUAUCUGAAUAAGAGUUUCUAUCUGACGAUGGAGGACAUGCUCUACUCGCCACUCGUGCUCAAGCACAAUGUGAUGGUGUUCAUUGCUGAACUCUUCUGGUGGUUUGAGACUGUCAAGCCAGAGUUUGUCCAGCCCAGAGACCUCCAAGAGUUCAAAGAUGCUCGAACCAUAGCUCAGCCCAAGAGUGCCCGCCCAUCAGUGCCUAUCUCCAACGCCACCAAGCGCAGCUUCCUGGCCAGCCCUGGUUCGGCCGAUAACCAGAGCAGCCCCGAAGUCUGUAACAGGUACUUCCUGCACCCUGAAGACUCUGACCCCCUUAAAGGGGGUCCAACCUUCAGUCCUUCCCACCCGCUCCUGCCCCUCAGACAGAGGCAGCAGAAGCAGCAUGGAGAAGAUGGUGCAGGUGUCAGAAACCGCUCCAACUCCCUGACUCAAAUGGACGGACAACCCCGAGGCUCUGUUGUUGCAUGGCCCGACAAGAGGCAGAGACCGCUGUCCACGCUGAGCCCCUACAUGUUUCACUCGGCCACAGACUGCGAUGCAGACAUUGCUUCUGGCGACAGUGUGAGUCUGGCUCGCUCCAUAAGCAAGGACAGCCUGGCGUCCAACGUCAUCAACGUCACGCCCAAACACCAGAUGUCUGUCCACCAGCCUUCACAGGCUGCAAUGCGCCGCGUCAACGGCCACAGCCUCAGCCUCCUGGGAAACGUCAACAGUGAGGAUGGGGAAGAAACUCUGGUGGCAGUUGCGAGGACUGAUGCCGCCGUCGUCCCCAAACGGGUCGACGGGACGCAAGCAACUGCCGCAGCGGGACCCAAACCAUCCGCGGACUCCACGCCUGCACCUGAUAGCUUUUACUUAGAACCACUGAUGCCUUCUGUGAUCAAAGCAGCUAAAGAGAAGUCUGUAUGUCUAAAUAAGCAGGAGGAGAGCGGUGAGGGGCCCCACUCCUCUGGGAGGGGCUCUCUACGCAGAGGAGAAGGAUCUGCAUCGGCCGUUCGUAGGAAAGCUCCCUGCAGCUUGAACCGGACCUUUACCCCUCCGGGUGAGGAGGGAGACUUGUCAGGGGAGCUUCAACCGGGUCCGGUAGAUUUCUGCCCCAUUGUUACCAGCAGUGUGGACCCCUCGUCCAGAGAACCAGCUGGGGGGUUCUACCUUCAUUCAGAUUCUGAAGAGCCAAAGCCUGCCCAGGCCCUGGAUGCUGAGCUUGAGGACCUGGAUGAAGAGGAAGAGGAUCUGGAUGAAGCUCUUACCACUAAAGACCCCAACUGGGCCAGGAAAGCCCUUAAUGAGGACGAAGAAGAAGAAUCAGCCAAACUCCAAGAGGACAUGAAUGUGAAAGAGCACGAGGACAAAGACAUGAACGGCGGCAGCGGUUGCUCCAGCCCCUGUCUCAGCGGUCACUCCCAGGCCAGCAGCAUGGCCAGCGGCAGUGUGCGCAUGACCUCCUUCGCCGAGCGCAAAGCCCAGCAGCAGCGCUUCGGCAGCAACCACGACCUGCGCUCCAGUGCCUCCAGCUCCCAAAGGACCACUCCGGAUGGAUCGGAGAGCAGCGGGCCCCUGGCUUCCUCCUGGAGGCUUAAAAGGGACCAGAGCCCCUCCGGCGACGAUGGCGGCGGCGGUUCUAACGUAUUGGCUUCUGAAAUUGUCCAGCUCCGCAUGCAGCUGGAGGAGAAGCGACGUGCCAUCGAGCACCAGAAGAAGAAGAUGGAAGUUCUGUCGGCGAGGCAGAGGCAGAAGCUGGGAAAGGCUGCCUUCCUGCACAUCGUGAAGAAAGGCAAAAGCGACACGCUACCCAAACCACUCAAAGCUGACAUCUCGAAAGACGAGCUCAGUGCGGAGAGAGCACCAUCAAGUAAAGACGACAUGUGUGUCGAUGCCCUCAGAGGGGACAAAGUGGUGGCGGUACCCCCCCCGCCAGGUGCCUUAGCAGCAGAAAAGAAAGAGCCCAGCGGAAGCUUCUAUCUGGAAGAAGAGUUGGACCUGAACGAGUGCAGCCACUCCAUCGACCUGUUGAACGACGCCAUCGGCAGCAUCCAGCAACAGAUGAUGCAGCUGUCACUGCAGCAGGAGAUGUUGAUGAAACAGAAUGUACAGUCCCCGCCUGGUGCAGCUCAGCCUCCUCCCGUCACCGGCGACAAAAACGGCGACUCAAAGGGAAAGGCAGGCUUUCACUUUGUGGAGCACAUCGCCAGUGCCGGCCUCACUCCCACCAGGAAACCCCCCAAGCUGGGCUCAGGCCGGGGCUCCAGGUCCAAACCGUCGGAGCUAAAGAUAGCCAAGGAGCAGGGCCGGCAGGCCUCCAAGACCCUCACCCCCACUCAGAGCGGGUCGGAGACAUUACCACACCUAGGGCAGUUAGCUGGGGGCCGGUCCCCCAGGACCGAGCAGCCCGACAGCCCCAGGACCCCCACAGCAGCGGAGACAAUCGACAGGCCAGGGGCCGGCCACGCUCGCAGCGCGAACUUCCGCCUUCACGACGGGGCGAACAUACGCCUGCCGACCCGAGUGGACCUGAAGGCCGUGGAAGUGUCCUUUGACGAGUGCCUGUCCAACACCCAGAGAGAGUCCGACCUCAACUCCUCAGACGGUUCAGGGAAAGAGAACAUACCAUCGGACGAGGUGCAGCGCAACAGAUCCGCACUGAUCGAGGUGGACCUGUCUGUGCUGAAAGCCCCUGAGGAAGAGCAAGCUGCUGAGUACACGACAGGAGGAGGUGAUGGAGAACAGAAGUCAGUCAUGGGCUUCUUCUUCAAGGACGAGCAGAAGGCAGAGGACGAGCUUGCUAAGAAGAGAGCGGCGUUCUUGCUGAAGCAGCAGAAGAAAGCCGAGGAGGCUCGAAUCCGUAAACAACAGCUAGAAUCAGAAUCAGAGCUGAAACGAGACGAAGUCAGACGGAAGGCAGAGGAGGACCGCUUGCGGAAAGAAGAUGAGAAGACCCGGCGUGAGCUGAUAAAGCAGGAGUAUCUCCGCAGGAAGCAGCAGGAGCUGCUGGAGGAACAAGGCCUCGGGAAGCCCAAAGCCCCAAAAACCCCCAAACCCAAGCAAAAACACCGACCCAAGCCCGUCCUCAGAGAGGAGGCGUCCGGCGACAAUUUCUCCAAGUGCUAUUCUUCCACACCUGACAACCUGAACAACACCCCAUCAGGCUCCAGUCUGUCUCUGGCCUCCGCUGCCACCAACGAGGCCGACAGCGUCAACUCUGGAGGGGCGGGCUCUCAGCGCUGCGACUCCGUGGAGUCGUUUCCCGGCAGUCGUGCCAACAGUCGAGCUGCAGAAAGGGACUGGGACAACGGCUCCACUGCGUCCUCCAUCACUUCCAUGGCUGAAUACACUGGUCCCAAACUAUUCAAAGAGCCCAGCGCCAAGUCCAAUAAGCCGAUCAUCCACAAUGCAAUCUCCCACUGCUGCUUGGCUGGCAAAGUCAACGAGCCUCAGAAGAACCAGAUCCUAGAGGAGUUGGAGAAGUGCGAGUCCAACCACCUGAUGAUCCUGUUCCGUGACGGCGGCUGCCAGUUCCGGGCGCUCUACUCGUACUUCCCCGACACGGAAGAGAUCCAAAAGUUGACGGGGACGGGACCCAAGAGCAUCAGCAAGAAGAUGAUCGACAAGCUGUACAAGUACAGCUCGGACCGAAAGCAGUUCACCGUCAUCCCCUCCAAGACUGUGUCAGUCAGCGUGGACGCCAUCACCAUCCACAACCACCUGUGGCAUGCCAAGAGAGGUGCUGUGCCAAAGAAAAGCGCAAAAUAGCAGAUAGCCGGAUUUCCAACCCUCCUUCACCCAAAUCGUCUCCUCCCCAUCUCGCUUGUUUCCUGAAUAGACUGCAUUGACGCCCAUAGCCGCACUUAUGGACUUGCGGCCCUCUGUAGGUGGACCCGGGCAGGAACGAGGGAAUGUGUGUGUGUGUCUGUGUGUGUGUGUGUGUCUGUGUCUGUGUCACAGGUGGUCUGAGGGAUCGGUGCUUGCAACAAAAAGGAAUGCCGGCUGAAUUCACCUCCCAGUGAUCUCAGUGCGAUCUAUUCGGGUUUCUUUUGGCCCGGCUCGGUUUUUAUACGACUCAAGCAUGUGGCAUUUUCUUCCUCUCUGUUUCUCUCAUACGUGGUGGAUGUUCUUCUUCUUUUUUUUUUUUUACAUGAAGUAUUUAUUAGUUCAGCACUGUCAUGGUCGAGAGCUCAGCUGCAGCACUAAAGUCUCUCCUUUCGGACAACUUGGGAACAAAGGGAGGGGGGGGGGGGCAUUGGGGGAAUUCUGUCGCUCUUUUUCGGGAAAAUCCGAAAGCAAAGGACCUUUUUACAACCCUUCAGGACCGCCAGUCUGCUCUGCUGUCCCAACAACAAUCUCUUCCUGCGUGGACUGUUGAAUCGGUCGAAUCAGGCUGGCAUUGCCGAAUUUGCCUCACCGGGGAUCUCCAAAAAAAACAAAACAAAGCUGCUGCUCUGAACUGUCUUCUUUAGUCCCGGGGAGCUCCUCAGGUCUCCCUCAGACAUCCGUUGGCCUUUUCACGCAUCGUGGUACUAUCGUCUAUUUAUUCAACCGCUUUUUAAACUAGACGCUGAUCGUGUAGCACUGGAUAUGUGUAUAGCAACAAAAAAAACAGAAAGUUAACGGUCAUUUUAAAUACUUUUUGUUUGUCAAAACAUCCUUUUCAGGGAAGAAUGGGGUGACGGAUAGAUUUUUGGUACAUAAAUUAUGCUUUUUUUUUUUUUUUCUUUUCUUUUGUUUCAGCCUUUUUCUUUCCGAUUACAGCGAUGUGGUUUAGAGUCUGAGCUGAUGUUAUGUGUUUUCAUCAUAACGGAUAUUCUCUGAUGUUUAGAGCUUAGUUGUGUUUUCUCGCUCCACUGGGCACUCUUGAAUUGUCCUGUAUAAAGGUGCACUCACGAACACUUGUCGACGGCUUCUUUCAUGCAAUGUAACUCCCCCCCCUCCCCCGAGUGUUUUUGUUGGCCCGUCCCGUCUUUAACCACGAGCGCGGCGCACACAUUCUUGUUGUGAAGGGUGUUUUGCGUGUCGCUCUGUAACUGCUUGGAGUGACAGUAUUUGAUACGUUCAGAGGGGUUUGUGUGUGGGGACUGUGGUUCAGUUAUUAAACCAACAUUAAAGAACAUUCCUCCAAGGUGUUGACAACAGCUGCCAUGUUCUCUUCUCUCCGUCUUUAAAAGAAAUACAAAAGUGCUUUUUUACAAACCGUUUGUUGGCCUCCAGAACAACCAGAGUGUUGCACGAGCACUUUACUUUCUGUUUGUUGGGAAUUUAACCUUUUCAAAUGGGCAUAAACUCUAAGAACUAAUUGAUAAUCCUGCUGUUGUGCGCUCGUACAAAUUGUUGAAACUAAACCAACCUCUAAGAUUUAAUACUGACAUUUAAAGUUGAUACGAUACUACUGCUGUCUCCAAAAACAAGCUGAUACUUGAUUUCUCCUUUGCUGCAUAUUGAUUUGUUUUUGGGUGGACGGGAUGGCAGAUCCUUAAUUGUAUGCAAGUGUAUUUCUAUGUUCACUAAACGAUUGUACUGGCAUUUGGUCACCAUUUUUGUUACACUAGUGUACUUUUCAUCCUUGUUGAUUUUAUCUUUGAUCCCAUGCCAUCUAUUUAUUUUACAAAUGGAAGCACUGAACCGGAGCACAUUUUCAAGUGAAUAAAAGUCACAUUUUUCAUUUUUAUUCUUUUCUCAUGGCUUGAUUUGUCCAUUUGUGAGACUCCACUGUUUAUGUUAUUUCUUUAGACACCACACUGAUUUUAGUCUUUGCACAACCAACAAGUUAUUUUUUGGUUUUUCACAUUUCUUUCACAACAGGUGAAGCUGUAUCUUUUCACUGAAAUGUUAGUUUUUCUUCCCAUUUGUGAGUUGACUCUAACGACACAGGGUGGUGAGAAUCUUCUCAAAGCAAAGAGGCAAACAUGUAUCAUCCAACAUGAUGCUGGGUUUCCUCCCCUGGCGCUAACUGCCUCGCACUAGACCACCCAACUGGAACAGUGGCUUCAGCGCCUUGACGCCAGCGCUCAUAACCAUGGCAAGCUACGAUGUUUCUUUCAGGUGAUCACAAGACCCCCCC